AUGGCCGCAAACUUCAGCAUAUCCGACAGCGAGUCCGAGCCCUCUGAGGAGGUAGAAGAAGGGGACGACGGCCAAGGAGCCGCUGAAAAGGAGCAGGAGCAGUGCCUCCGCCAAGGCCUCCGCCUCACCUUGCCGGAGCUUCCAAUGGCAGCAAUGUCGGGGCGUAUCCGGCUCAACUCGGAGUCCCACGCUUUGGCAGCGUCCCGAGAGGAGGAGUUCCAGGCCAGGAUGGACGAGGAGGUCGGCACGCCCACCGACGGGGCGCCGUUCCGGGGGCGCUCCAAGUCGGCUCCCCCCGUGCUAUGGGCUGCGAAAAAGUACGGACGGCAGCUGCGGCGCAUGAGCGACGAGUUCGAUAGCCUGAUGGACAAAGGGGAGUUGAAGUUCAAGAGCGCCGGCGGCACAUCCAGGACCAUCCACCACUCCAAAACCUGGUGGAGCUACCUCUUCAGCCACCAGGAGACGGAGGGCGAGAACAACAACCACCACGACAACCACGCUAAUCGUACCGAGUAGCCUCUGACUGAGACUGCGGAGAGGAUGAGAGGACUUGGGGGUUGGGGGCGGCGGGGCGGCGUCCUCUGUCGCUGGACUUUUGGUCUGGAUUCAUGAAGGAGACGCAGCGAUGCGGACUCAGGUGUCUUUUCUUCAACUACUUUACAUCCAAUUUUUGGUCAUCUAUUGUUGUCAACCGGGUAACCGGUGUAUUUAACGCACGUGGUCCUUCCCACGGGACUCGCUCGUCUCGCGCCAACACUAUGCAAACAUACUGUAGACGGGUUGGUGAAAAAGAAACAAGCGUUCCAGACAACGGACCUGAAAUCGAGCCGGUCCAACUCGUACCCUUUUGCGCUGACGUGACUCAACAAUCGGCGUCCUCCGGCGCCGUGCAAAAGAUUUUUUUUUUUUUUGGUCAUUCCAGCAAAGGCCAUGCCAGCGGCCUGACGCCUUUUGCCCGCCGCCGUGCGAAAAUCAGUCGAGGAAAGAACAAUCUUGUACACAGACAAUCUCAAUCCAAUCUUUGGUCAAAUGUCAGGGUUCCGGAAAGGACGUGACUUUUGAAAAGCACAAAUUCAUAGGAGAUGUUUUAAAAAGAUUUCUAACGGUGUAAAUAUUCUCGUGGCGUGGCGGCGAUCGGAGCGUCUCGUGGUGUCGUCAUGUCCUGUUUCACAAUGUGUUUGCCUUCCGUGACGUCGCGUUUGGUGUCACCGGAAUGCGGUUGCGCAUGACUUUGAAGUGUUGGCGGGGACGCGCUCCCAUUUUGGCUCGCAUCGUCAUAUGUAUGCUCUUCACGUGGCUUAACACUGGAUGGAUACAUGUUUUUUUUGGGGGGGGGGGGUUGUUGUUACGGCCACUUGAAAAUUGAGCUUGACCUCUCUGUCACCAUUAAAAUAUGAUAAUCGGUGCGCUGGUUCCGUCUUUGGAUGCUUUUAUUGUAGAUUCUCCAAAUGGAAAUUCAGACAAUCUAACUGCCCACUUUAUUAUUAUUAUCAUAAUUAUUUUUUGGGACGUUCAACCACGUGUUUAAUUCAAUUUUAUCAUCCCACUUGUGUGAUUAUGAAUAGACUGAAAAUGAUAUCUACCCCCUCCAAAACCUUGUUAAGAGUUCUGGUUUUUAAAUGUUCAUUUAUGAUUAUCAUAUUUUUUUUAUUAUUAAGGAGUGAUGCAACCAUUAAGUAUGAAAUGUUUCAGGAAAACAAGUGUUGAAAGAACUGCUGUCGGGGCAACCCUGUGGACCUGCGUUAAGCGUGCGCGCACGCUGCCGAACAUCAUCAACUGAAUCUUGUCAAAUGCCUUCAACUUGUGAACGCGACGCUGCGCGGUACCGCCUUAAACUUCAACGCAUGAUGACGCCCAAGCCACACGUAAAAAAAAGAAAAGGAAGAAA